GAACAGAGCAUCAUUCACACAGCAUCCUGCAAGCCGUGCACAUCUCGCACAUACAAAGCAAAGCAAAGCAAACCGAAAACAAGAAAAAUAAACGUAAAAUGGCUCCUCAAACAGUAAACGAAACGUCUUUCGUCUCAAAGACUCAGCAUUACCUGAAGGUGAAGAAGCCUCUGCUGGAGCGUCAGCGUCGUGCCCGCAUGAACAAAUGCCUCGACACACUGAAGACACUUGUUGCCGAGUUCCAGGGCGAUGAUGCCAUUCUUCGACUGGAUAAGGCCGAAAUGCUAGAGGCCGCACUUGUAUUUAUGCGCAAACAGGUGAUCAAGCAACAGGCGCCGGUCUCACCAUUGCCCAUGGACAGUUUCAAGAAUGGUUACAUGAAUGCCGUCAGUGAGAUCUCCCGUGUGAUGGCCUGCACCCCGGCCAUGAGUGUUGAUGUGGGCAAAACAGUGAUGACACAUCUGGGCGUUGAGUUCCAGCGCAUGUUGCAAGGAGAUCAACAACAGCAGCAGCCACAACAGAGCCAAUUGGAAUCCACUGGUCGUCCUAUUAGCCCCGCUUCUUCGGGCUAUCAUAGUGAUGCAGAGGAAUCUGAUGCCGCACCGAGUCCUAAACCAGAAGCCACCAACUCCAUGUGGCGUCCCUGGUAAUCAAUAAGGAUGCAUCCAUUACCAACUACAUUUACAACUACAACUACAACAACGAAUCAUGUCUUCCAAUUUGUUUCGAUGUAAACUGUGAUAAAAAGCUUUACCCAUUUACAUUUAAGUUAAACCCAUCAACAGCUUUAUUAGUUAAGUUUAGAUUAUACAUAUUUUAAGUUAAGAAACAUCCAAGCUUUAAUUAGUAAUAAAAACUAAA